AUGUUUUCACUGGAUCCUCUCAAUUAUCAUCCAAUAUUCCCGGCUACUAUGACAGGUAGACGAUUUGAACAGAUUCUGAGGUGCUUGAAUUGUGCAGAUGAUGAAAAUAAGGAGGAUAAUCUCUAUAAAGUUAGUUCGCUUGUGAAAUCUAUCAUUCAGUCAAACCAAAAUAUGUUUUCUCCGCCAGAAGCCUUAUCUCUAGAUGAAUCACUGUUACUUUUCCGAGGCCGAUUACGGUUUCGGGUUUACAUAAAAAACAAAAAAAGUAAAUAUGGGAUUAAGUUCUAUGAGCUGUGUUCCAAUGACGGAUAUGUCCUAAAUAUAGAAAUUUAUAAAGGUAAAUCUAAUAGAGAAGAUGUCAGUGGCAGUUCUAAAAGAAAUUCUUUAGUUCUUAGGCUUCUGGAGCCAUUUCUAGAUAAAGGCCACCAUAUAUACAUGGAUAACUUUUAUAACAGUGUCCAGUUAUCGGAAAUCCUAUUGCAAAGGAAAACUCACAGCACGGGGACAUUACGCUCGAAUAGAAAAGGUAAUCCCAAAGAGGUUACUGGAGCCAAGUUGAAAUCCGGGCAGCAUAUUUGGAGAAGAAAGGGAAAUGUGUAUGUUUCCAAAUGGCGCGACAAACGUGAUAUCUUAUCCAUCACGACGGGCUAUAAGCCUGAAUUGGUUGAAACUGCCAACAGGUAUGGUCAUAAAAAAACCAAGCCAUUAAUGGUCAGUUGCUAUAAUGACAAUAUGUCAGGUAUUGAUCGUGCAGAUCAAAUUAUUAGCUAUCAUUCAUGUCCUAGAAAAACAAUCAGGUGGCAUAAAAAGGUUAUAUUUCAUCUUCUUGAUAUAGCUGUCUGGAAUUCCCAUUAUUUACAUAAUCAUAACCAGAAAGAUAACAAGACGUUCAAAGAGUUCCGAAAUGAUUUAAUAAAAUCCUUACUUGGGAUCUCUCCGGAUCAGAGAGAUGGAAGGGAAUUUGUCAGCUUGAUGAAAAAAACAAAGUCUAUACCAUCCAAAAAAAGUAGAGAAAAUUUGGGCCACGUUUUGGAGGCUAUACCUGUGCCAGAAAACAAAAAAGGUAAAAAACAGAUUUACAAACGAUGUAAACAGUGCUACCUAGAACAAAGGAGGAAGGAUACUGCAUGGCAAUGCCGUGAUUGUAUAGGAAAACCAUCCCUUUGUGUUGGAGACUGUUUUCAGGUUUGGCAUAAAGCUUGA